CGUGCGCCCAGCUCGGCCUCGACCCCGCUCGUCUAACCAGUGCGGUCCGCUUGGGCACGGUGGGCGCGAACGUGGGCAGGCAGAUGCAGGGCGCUGUGGCCGAGCCCGCCCUCGCCCCGGUUACGCGGCAGGUCAGCGGCCGCGCCGCCCCAGCCGCAGUCCCGAGCGGCCCCGAGCGCGGGCAGCCCCUGGCCGCAGCGGUAGCCGAGCUGCCCGUGCUGGACGCCUCCGGGAGGCAGGUGCCGUUCGGCGCGCUGUUUCGGGAGCGUCGGGCUGUCGUAGUCUUCGUGCGGCAUUUCCUGUGUUACAUUUGCAAGGAAUACGUAGAAGAUCUGGCCAAAAUCCCCAAGAGUUUUUUACAAGAAGCAGAUGUCACCCUAAUAGUGAUUGGACAGUCAUCCUACCAUCAUAUCGAGCCUUUCUGCAAACUGACUGGGUAUUCUCAUGAAAUCUAUGUUGAUCCUGAGAGAGAAAUUUAUAAAAAAUUGGGAAUGAAAAGAGGUGAAGAAAUUGCCGCCUCAGGAAAGAGCCCCCAUAUAAAAUCAAAUAUACUCUCAGGAAGCAUUCGGAGCCUGUGGAGGGCAGUGACUGGCCCUCUUUUUGAUUUUCAAGGAGACCCUGCUCAGCAAGGCGGAACCCUCAUCUUAGGUCCAGGUAACAACAUCCAUUUUAUACACUGUGAUAAAAAUAGGUUGGAUCACAAACCCAUCAACUCUGUUUUACAGCUUGUAGGAGUUCAGCACGUGGACUUUACAAGCAGACCUUCAGUUAUCCAUGUGUAAUGGCAUAGACUGUUGUCACUUUCA